CUUUACGUUGCUGUGUUGUGUGUUUAACACUGUCAACACAUAAACGGUAAUCUGACAUCUGUGUUAAGAGCACACACACACACACAAAAAAUCAUGGCAGAUGUCUUUCUCUUCUUCACCUCUUUUGCUGACCUGUUCAGUGAGUUCUGUGAGCUAAACUUAUCAGUUGAUUCAGCUUUCCAUGUGGUGUAGAAACGCAAAGCAGAAAGCAGAGAUGUGAAGAAAUCCGUUUCUGUCAGUAAUCUACACUGAGCUCAUUAAUAUUAUAUUUAAUAAGUGAACAUGGAGGUGCUGAAGUGGAUUUACGUGGGAUGCAGGAGAAGGAGGUGGAAGCUGGAGACGGCUGUUCUGCUCACCACGGCCAUUCUGUGUUUGUUAUUAUUGCUGCGAACAGACAUUCAGAACAAGAAAUCACAAAACACAACUGACAAACCAAAGUUCAAACCUGAACCUCAGACAUCACCAGACCUGUUCCUGAGAUCAGCAAACAAAUGUGAGCGAAAUUCGUCUGCAUCCAACAUUACAGGCUUUUCCACUUUACCCAAACACAUCCAAGAUUUCCUUUUUUACCGCCACUGUCGGCAUUUCCCUAUGCUGCUCAACAUUCCUGGGAAGUGCGGCGGUCCAGAGAACUCCUCAGAUGUUUUCCUGCUGCUGGCCAUCAAAAGUUCUCCACCCAACUACGAGCGGCGGGAGGUUCUGCGAAAAACGUGGGCUUCUGAGAGGCUUCAGAGUGGCGUGUGGAUCCGCACUGUGUUCAUAUCUGGAACCACAGGAGACAGGUUCGAGAAGAAAAGACUGAACAAACUCCUGCAGCUGGAGAACCGCAAGUACCAGGACAUACUUCAGUGGGACUUUCAAGAUUCCUUUUUCAACCUUACACUGAAGCAGGUCCUAUUCCUGGAAUGGAUGGAGAGGUUUUGCCCCAAUGUGCACUUUCUCCUCAACGGAGAUGACGACAUUUUCGCCAACACAGACAACAUGGUGCAGUAUCUCAAAGGGUUAGAUGAUAACGAUGGAAGCAAACAUCUAUUUAUCGGCCACUUGAUCCAAUACGUGGGGCCGAUCCGGGAACCGGCCAGUAAAUACUACAUCCCCGUCCAAGUCCAUAAAUCAGACAAGUAUCCUCCCUACUGCGGAGGAGGCGGCUUCCUGUUGUCACGUUUCACUUCCAGAACCAUCUACAACAUGUCUCAUUCCAUCACCCUGCUCCCCAUCGAUGAUGUUUACAUGGGAAUGUGUCUGGAAAAGGCUGGACUUAAACCCUCGUCUCAUAUGGGAGUGAGGACAGCGGGCCUGCAUGUUCCCUCAGUAAAGCUGGACCCCUACAAUCCAUGCUACUACCGUGAGGUUCUCCUGGUCCACAGGUUCCUCCCACACCAGAUUUUUAUUAUGUGGAAUGAAAUCCAUCGACAAGAUUUGGUUUGUGGAAAGAAAGCACUUAGUGAGCAGAAUGACACAAACAUGUGACACAAAAAUGAAACAAAACAAUAAAUACCAAAACAGAGGCUGAUGACACGUGCUGGUUAUGAACAUCAUUAUAGAGCAGUUACUGAGUAAAAAAUAUUACUCACAAAAUAAAAUAACACAGCUGCACUCUAGUGAUGUUCAUAAACAGGGUGAUUGGUAUAAUUCCGUAUUUAAUUUAAUCAUCUCAAUAAUUUAUUAUUAUUAAUAAUAUGGUGAGGCUGACAGACGGUAGAUCGUGCUUUAAGGAAUAACACACUAUAGACAGUGCAGUUAGAGGAAAAUGGAUUAUUUCCCCAUAACAGCACGUGUUUUAUUACUCUUAUACCACAACCAGAUUGUCAUUUAUUAAAGAACGACAUGUCGUACAUUUUAUCUAUUUAUAGUUGUACACUGUACAACUCUCUUAAACUUCUCCUAUAACCAUACAUACUGUGUCUAAUUUCUAAUAUCACCAACACUAACACAUGACCUCAAAUGAUACAGUUGCUCUUUCUCAUUAUACAGACACACAUUCUUUCAACACAAUGAGUAAUAAAGAAAUAUUCAACAUUUUAACAGGCAAAUUACAGUCUCUCCAUAUGGACUCUUAGAUCACAUCCACUGUUGUUAUUUCAACAUAACAGUACUGUUCUGAAACAACAUCAAUCAUCUGAGAUUACCUUACAUCUUUACCAUUAAACAUCCACCGUUUCAGCUGUAUUUGUUCCAUUAUCGCUUCUCUACAAUAUCACACAGACAUUAAAGAUACAUAGCUGGCAUGUGUGUGUGUGUGGGGUGUGUGAGGUGUGUGUGGUGAAUGUGUGAUUUGUGAGGGGUGAGUGUGUGUUUGUGUGUGUGGGCGGUGUGUGUGUGUGUGUGUGUGUGUGUGUGUUUGUGUGCGUGUGUGUUUGUGUGUUUGUGUGUGCAGGCAGGGGGUGGGUGUGUGUGUGUGUGUGUGUGUAUGUGUUGGGGGAUUUUCUCUUCAUUAUUUGUUGGUUAUUUAUGUCUACUGCAGCGUAUGUGGCUUCCUGCUGUCACCUUCCUUACCCACUGAGCUACCCCUGCUCAUAUUACUCCCGCUUGGUGAAGCGCUGUAAAUACAUGUUUCCCACUAGGAAGUUGCACAUGAAUGACCCCUCAAGUCAUAAUUACGACUGGGAAACUCAGAAAUAAUUUUGAUACCCGAGUUUCCGAGAUGGGAGGAGUCUUAAGCAUUAUUGCAUUUCUCGUUAAACGCAAAAAUUAUCUGGCUGCGCUGGGAGCUUACAGACUUCUACCAAGUAUUUUUUAGUUUUGUUUUUUUUCAUCUCCUAGCUGAGGUGGGGGCGGAGUGAAGGGGCAUUGGGGAGUGUGUAUAAAAUGACUGACAGGAGGUAAUCUGACAUCUGUGUUCAGAGCACACGCGCACACACACACACACACACACACACACACACACACACACACAAUCAUGGCUGAUAUCUUUCUCUUCUUCACCUCUUUCGUUGACCUGCUGAGUGUUUUCAGACCGUAUUACAGGUAAAUUAAUUUUAUAUUGUGUUUAUUUGAGUUGUUCUCUCUGUGUGUGUGUGUGUAUGUGUGUGUGUGUAUGUGUGUGUGUGUGUGUGUGUGUGUGGGUGUGUGUUUCCUCUCAACCUAUUUUCCUCUUGAUUCAAAUGAGUUCUGUGAGCUAAACCGUUAAUCACUUCAUCAGUUGAUUCAGCUGUUCAUGUGGACUAGAAAUGCGAACCAGAAAGCAGAGAUGUGAAGAAAGCCGUUUCUGUCAGUUGGGAUCCAGGAGAAGGAGGUGGAAGCUGGAGACGGCUGUUCUGCUCACCACGGCCAUUCUGUGUUUGUUAUUAUUGCUGCGAACAGACAUUCAGAACAAGAAAUCACAAAACACAACUGACAAACCAAAGUUCAAACCUGAACCUCAGACAUCACCAGACCUGUUCCUGAGAUCAGCAAACAAAUGUGAGCGAAAUUCGUCUGCAUCCAACAUUAAAGGCUU